AUAUAAGCACAUCAUUAAAAUUUAAUUUUACCACGGAGAAAUAUUUUGAUAGAAAAAGAUGUAUAAUAUUCAAAUGGAAACGCGCAAGCUAAGUUGGCGUGGUAAUGGCGAUGCAACCUAAACCUUCUCCGUCUCCAAUCGUUUUGUUUGUUUACUAAGCAUUUUCUCUCACACUCCACGUCCCCAUCUACUUCUUGCCGAAUACAGAAUCUCCAUUUCUUCUGCUGAUCCAAACAUCCCCUGUCAUCCUUUCUUGCUUGGACCCUCAAACCGAUCUUUCUCACAUUUCUUGUCUUUCUUUCUUGCACAAAAUCACACUCAUUGCAUCUGAUCUAAAAUAUACAUUUUGUUUUUUUUUUGGUUGAAAAUAAAUAAAAAAUGGCUACAAUGGGGAGCUUGAUCGGUCUGGUAAACAGAAUCCAAAGAGCCUGCACUGUUCUCGGCGAUUAUGGCGGUGAAGGCAUCUCUCUCUGGGAAGCUCUUCUGUCCGUUGCUGUUGUUGGUGGCCAGAGUUCUGGAAAAUCUUCAGUCUUAGAAAGCGUUGUUGGCUGAGAUUUCCUUCCUCGUGGAUCUGCUUCUGUGCGCAAGGAGAUUGCAGAUGAAACAGAUCGCAUUACGGAGAAGACCAAGCAAAUCUCUAAUGUUCCUAUUCAUCUCAGGGGUGCGCUUUGUUUUGAAGGAACUUGUCCGGAAGUCAAUAGCUGAAACAGAGGAACUGAAGCGAUUCCCAACCCUUCAAUCUGACAUUGCUGCUGCUGCAAAUGAAGCUUUGGAGAUAUUUCCUGAUGAAAGCCGCAGAGCAGUUCUACGACUGGUUGACGUGGAUUCUAGUUAUCUAACUGUGGAAUUUUUCCGAAAGCUUCACCCUGAACCAGAGAAGAACACAAACACAAGCCCAAAUCAACCAGGCCCAAAUGUGGAUUGUUACAAUGAUAAUCAUUUUAGGAAGAUUGGUACAGAAUUCUCGAAUUGUUUUCACCUUCUCUCCUUUUUUCCUCUUUCUUAGGGAAACUGCCAUGCACUUAGUUUAAAGAUCUUCAUUUUAGCAAUUAGGUUAGUCUUAUGGAUCAGAACAUCUGUAUUUCUAAUCUGUUUAUGAUCUUUCUUGCAUGCAAAUUCUAGAGCUGUAUGCAUAGUUUUGUUCAUGUAUU